GGCCACAGAAUUGUUACUCAGGGACAGACAGAAUUGUUACUGAGUGCCAGAGAAUUGUUACUUAGGGCCACAGAAACAGAAUUGUUACUUAGGGCCACAGAAACUUUAGUUAGGGCCACAGAAUUGUUACUCAGGGACAGACACAGAAUUGUUACUGAGGGCCACAGA